AUGACACAGCAACAGCAAGUGAGUUCGGGGUCUGAUAGUGACCCUCGAUACGCCAGGUUCGGCGAGAGGAAGAGGAAGAGAAUGAUAUCGAAUCGGGAAUCAGCUAGGCGGUCAAGGAUGAGGAAGCAGCAGCAGUUGGAUGAUUUGAUUGGUCAAGGGAGCCAAUUGCAAGAUGAGAACAACCUCAUUACCCAGAGGAUUAAUGAUGCUACGCAAAUGUACCUCGGGGUUGCUUCUGAUAACAAUGUUUUGAGGGCUCAACUGGCCGAAUUGACUGAUAGGUUGAGGUCAUUGAAUUCAGUUCUUCAGAUCGUGCAGGAGGUUAGCGGGCUGGUUGUGGAUAUACCUGAACUUCCAGAUACAUUGCUGGAACCUUGGAAACUCCCUUGUCCGAUACAGUCGAUUGCAGCGUCUGCUGACAUGUUUCAGUAUUGAGCACCCGAUGAAUGUUGGAAGAAAUUCCCAUCCCGGGGGCAAUAAGACUGUUUUGGUCUUGAUGUGUCCUGCUAUUUGCUUUCUAUUUGGUUGUUAUUGUCUCCUUUUCUCUUGAGAGUCCUUUUCAUUUUAGUUUGGUGUCUAUAAAGGGAGUCUUCCUUGCUAAAACUUGCUGUGGUGCUGGAGUCGUAUGGAUUUUAAGGUCACUUAUGUGGAUAAUUUGGUCAGUUUUAUGUAUUGAUUGUCCUUCUGUGGUGGUACUAUCUAUGGUUGGGCUUUUCUUGUGCCUCAAUUUUAAUGAAAUCAUGCUCUGCUCCAGUUGUGUUUUGGAUGCAUUGAAAUAAUGUUGCGUACUGCCUGAGAUUUUGAUGGUUGUGUUUACAUGGAAUGGUGUAAGAAUGAUAAUUUG